AUGAUUACUUCUGAAUCUUCGAACAACAUGCAGCUACAACUGCAAGAUGGUACUGCUAGUAGUGUUAAUGUGAUGAGCAACCUCGCACAUGUCAUGGCAGCCUCCAUCGUCGGAUUAAUCAGUGAUAAUUCAGUGAUGGUUGACCAACAGAAGAUUGUUCCUUACUUACAUCAAACGGAGUCAGGCCGUAUUGCCAAGCUUGAGAUUUUCUCUCACUAUGUUGCUAGGCAAAUGGGAUUUGUAGAUGCUGACGAGGUUCCAGAGUUGUGCAGAUUGGCACAGGACUACUUGAGAAACACAGAAGGGUGUAAAGAAAAUAUAUAUCAAUAUCUAGCCAAUGGGGACAAUGCUAAUGCACUAUAUGCAAAAUUGAUUGAAGAAUUUGAAAGAUGCAUCCUCAGUUAUUUUGCUUUUCAUUGGAACCGAGCUUCAUUUAUCAUUACCCAGAUACAUAAUUCUUUAAUAAAAAAAACCAAUUACACAUGUUUUCAGUCAUAUCUCACUAUACUUUUGGUAUUAAGUUCUCAGUCCCAACCCAAAAUAAAUCUCAAAAAUAUUCUUUUGGAAGCCACAAGGGAACAUAGGUUUGAGAGAAUAACAAAGAAACUAAAGGUGGCCAGAGUAUUCUCUACAUUGGUUGAAGAGAUUAAAGCAAUAAAGGGCGACUCACAAAGUUGUGAUGACAAGGUCUCCAUUGUCCAGAGUGAGAGGAGUCCAGUGUUGCUGCUUAUGGGUGGAGGCAUGGGAUUUGGAAAAAGCACUGUUCUUAAAGACAUUCUUAGAGAAUCAUUUUGGUCAGAAGCUGCAUCCAAUGUUGUGGUUGUUGAAGCAGAUGCUUUUAAGGAGAGUGAUGUCAUUUAUAGAGCUCUUAACUCUAAGGGCCACCAUAAUGAAAUGCUUCAAAGUGCUGAACUGGUGCAUCAGACUUCGACUGAUGUUGCAUCAUCUUUACUAGUGACAGUUUUAAAUAAAGGGCGAGAUGUGAUCAUGGAUAGUACCUUAGCAUGGGAACCUUUCCUAGCGCAAACUAUUGCUAUGGCAAGAAAUGUUCACAAAAAGUGUUGUCUAAGGAUGGAGAUUUGUUAUCAUGAAGUUUUAGACAAUUUGAAGGUAGAGAACUAUCAAGUUUGUAACGAACAGAAGUAA